AUGGGUUGCUGCUGUGGUAAGAUGGAAGAACGAGUCAAUGAGAAAUUUGCAGAAAGCCAGAUUAUCCUGCGAGAAAUGUGUUGGGCCAAUCUUCGUUACCAAAGGUCCACAGGCUGUUGUCAGAUCCAAGGCAAUGGAGCCCUUGUUCUUACACCAGACGUGCUCUGGUUCGGUUUGCUAUGCAGCACUCAAGAAAUCGAAAUGCCUCUUCGACACAUCCGCUCAUUGGGAGGUGGGUCCGUCAACGCUCCUGGUCAAUAUGGAGGCUAUCCAGGGCUAAUCAUCGACUACGUCGAUCCCACUUCAGGAAUUGAAGACCAGGUUAUGAUAUCGGUACCAAAUCCUGACCACUGGAUGAGAUUAAUCAAUGAUGCUAUUAACAAGGCAAUAAGAUCUUAG